AUGCUGCGCGCCUGCAAAGAAAGCAAAAUAUCAAAGUCGCAGGCUAGGGUUUUUUUUCCCAUCUCUCGCCGCGAAGGAGGUUUCGUGCGUCGUUCCCAUCUCUCGCCGCGAAGUCGCUCCUCCCUCUCUCGCCGAGAAGCUUCCCUACUGUCGCUCCUCCCUCUCUCGCUGAUAAGCUUCUCUACCGUCGCUCCUCCCUCUCUCGCCGAUAAGCUUCUCUACCGUCGCUCCUCCCUCUCUCGCCGAGAAGCUUGCCGCCUCCCUCUACCGUCGCUCCUCCCUCUCUCGCCGAGAAGCUUGCCGUUUCGCAGUCUCUCCUCCCUCUCUCGCCGCCGUAGGAACAACUUCACCGAGACGCAAGACAACCUCCUGGACUGCGGACAAAGAACAUUGGUGUGUGUUUCUAGAUCAACCAAGAAUCCUGGAAGACAGUAUUACAGCUGUAGGCAACAUGGAUGGCAAAAGUGGGUGACGCCCGAUACUAGUUCAUCUAGUAAUAUUGAAAGUGAACACAAUGCUUUUCAUGGACAUAACCCAAGAAUAAUCCAAGUACCGAAAUUCAUUUGGAUAUCAGUGAUGGUCAACUUGAUUCUCUUAGCCAUAAUCUUGAUUGUGUUGUUAGUUUAUCUUGUUAGUUAGUGUUAAGUAAUGUUCAUGUUGUAAUGUAACUGGCUAAAUGUUUGUAAUUCUGGACCAAAGUUAAUUUGUUAGUUGGUGUUGGAAACAUUAAACAUUGUUGCAUAAUAUUGGUGUUACAAUUG